GUAUUUUAUCUAAACAAGCCUGCAACUACCUACCUAGGCUUCAACAUAUCCUAAUUAUGUUUCCUUUGGAAUUUAUUUUUAUUUUCUCAACCUUUGCAGCAACAGGUCAUUCUUUGAUUUGUACUGGAUGCUUUUCACCCAACGAGGACUCCUGCACUGGAUUUCCUAUAACCUGCCCACCUUCCUAUGUUUGUGCCUCUCAGUAUACCAUCUCUAUAAUAGGUGGUGUGGUAAUGAAGGAUUUUCAGAGAUUAUGUGUCCCACAAAAUGAAUGUAAUGUCACCGGAUCAUUCACGUUGAGUAGUCUAGUAGGGAAAAUAGCCACAACAUGUUGUUUUACUGACAACUGCUCUCCAGAAACACCCAAAGUACCAGAUGGCAGUUCCCAACCUAACGGAGUGUGGUGUCAGCAGUGUCAAGAAGACAUAGCCUCCUGUACUGGCUCACGUGUGGAGUGUACGGGCGAGGAUACCAUGUGUCUUUUGGAAACUCAGAAGACGACUACAGGAUCCCAUACUGUUUAUAGGUCAAAACGAGGUUGUGCCUCUAAAGGUUUCUGCUACAAAAGUAACAUGACUACCGACACAGGUGGUGUGCGUGAAGAAAAAACAUACAUCUGCUCGGGUGGUGGGCUGCCAGUGAUGCCACUACUACUCAUACAGCCACUUGCAUUGUUUUUGGCAUUCUAUUGAUCUGAGAUAAAAAUAAAGUUGAUCUUUUUGUUUUAUAUUCUGGAGUAAAAGCGACCAUUCGCCCAUUGAGUGUUUUGGUUUCCCUACGCCUGACUGCACUCAAAAUUUAGAAUCCCAUUCUUUUUAAUUGUCUCUUUUCACACUUUUACACUCAAUCACCCUAUGCUCUACAACCUCCACCCAAAAAAGUAAGUAAGCUUGUUUUUAGCAUAUUUAGGUCUUCUGGUCCCCGUAGACUUCAAUAGGAUGCACGUCAUGCAAUCAAACUAUUCUCCUCCCCUUGCCAAAGCCAGGAAACAAAAGUCUGAAGCUUGAUACACUUGCAAAAACACUUGUAAAUCUAAUUUAAUACACCUUUAAAACACCUACAAAAAAAAAUCCUGAAAAAAUGCGCUCUACUUACGCGCUGCUCAAGUGUAAAUGCAGGCUUAACCCCCUUCUUAGCCCCAGUGCCUCUUUUACAGGAUCUUUAUGCCCAGGAGGCAGAAAGGACUGCUUGAUCACAUGUGAAUGUCUGUCAGGCCUCGUACACACGACCGAGUUUCUCGGCAAAAACCAGCAAGAAACUUGCUGGGAUUUUUUUUUUG